GUAAAUGUAACAAUAUUAUCAAAUAUUAUUGUUAUACAAUAUUAUAGUUCCUACAAGAAUCUUUACACAAGUUGGAUGAAUGGGAAAAUCUAAUGGAGGAAGGAAUCAUCACAAACAAUGAAUUUCUUACUCGACAGACUACGGAAGGACUUCGCGUAACUUUACGAUCCAAGACAGAUAUUACGCAUUAUUUAACCAGCGAAUUUAAUUUCUCUUGCAUUUUGCCAGGAAGUAUAAAUCAAGAUUUAGAGCGCUACAUUGUAAAAGAAACUUGCAGAAAAAUCGUAUUUAGUAAACAAGUCAUAUUUUCCGCGAUAAAUCAUACUUAUAGCGAUUUUUUUGUUGCGUUCGUCAAGCAGGAGGAUGUAAUGACCAUCCUGCAACACCAACUUUUUUACAAAUUUAUAAAGUUCUGUCUUCCUAUUCUAUUCUCUCUCCACCAAAAUAUGGGUAUUGCAUGUUAGAAAAAGAAGUAACAUCGUCUUUAAUUUCGCUCGACAUCAAGUCUCUGUAUAAAAAAUCCAAAGAGGAAAUGGAUUCAUUCAUUUUUACUAUGAAAUCAAGAUUAAAUGAUAUUAUCACAAAUGACAUUUAUGAUAUGUCAGAGCAUAAUUAUACCACACCUGCAACUUUUGAUUGCAUUAUAUACUUCAUACACGUGUUUGCCAGCGAUUAUUAAAGUUCACGAAAUGUUCUUUAUGUAAAUAAGCACUUGUUACUAAUUCUCAAGUAUAUUACAGAAAAGCGAACUUGAUGUGCAUCUCUUGUUCAUCCAAAUGUAGGUUUCUACAAUUUUGUUAAAAAUUUGGAACAGGUAUUUACAAAACAUUGCCACGAGUUAAAUGUUGCAAAUGCUAUUUUAAAUAAUGUAAUUGAAUCUGAUUUAUUAACUUUUCCUUGUGAGGCUCAUAAAAUAGAUAUUAUAUCGUACAUUGUUUACUAUUUACAAAUAAGAUUUUCACAAUAUUGUCGCGACUUAAAUAAUAACAAAAAAGAUAACAUAUGAAAAAAAUAUCGAAACAUUGUAAAACAUAA